ACGGUUGCGUCCGGGUCCGGGUUUGUGGUGCCAAAGGUGACGCGCGGCAGUUUGGGUGAAGGGAACGAACACCGUCGGCAGCAAACCGAGCAACGGUUACGGCCCGCCACGCUUAGAAAUAUGUCCGGUACGACGGGGAAGCGCAAGGAGAUCUACAAAUAUCUCGCCCCAUGGCCACUAUACUCGAUGAACUGGUCCGUGCGGCCGGACAAACGGUUCCGCCUAGCGCUCGGCAGCUUUGUCGAGGAGUACAACAACAAGGUGCAGAUCAUCAGUCUCGACGAGGACACCAGCGAGUUCAGCGCGAAAAGCACAUUCGACCAUCCAUAUCCAACCACCAAGAUCAUGUGGAUACCGGAUUCGAAGGGUGUGUAUCCGGAUCUGCUAGCAACCAGCGGCGACUAUUUGCGGCUAUGGCGUGCCGGCGAACCCGACACGAGGCUUGAGUGCGUGCUGAACAACAACAAAAACAGUGACUUCUGUGCACCGCUCACCUCCUUCGACUGGAACGAGGUCGACUUGAACCUCGUCGGUACGUCGUCAAUCGAUACCACCUGCACGAUCUGGGGCCUGGAAACGAGUCAACCGCUCGGGCGUGUUAAUCUCGUGUCCGGCCACGUCAAGACGCAACUUAUCGCACACGACAAGGAGGUGUACGAUAUAGCGUUCUCGCGCGCAGGCGGUGGCCGCGAUAUGUUUGCCUCGGUCGGUGCGGACGGCAGCGUGAGGAUGUUCGACCUGCGCCAUCUAGAACACUCGACCAUCAUCUACGAGGAUCCGGCGCACACACCGUUGCUACGGUUGGCGUGGAACAAGCAGGACCCGAAUUAUCUCGCCACGGUGGCGAUGGAUAGCUGCGAGGUCAUCAUACUGGACGUGCGAGUACCGUGCACACCGGUCGCACGGCUCAGCAAUCAUCGGGCGUGCGUGAACGGAAUUGCUUGGGCACCGCACAGCUCCUGUCACAUCUGUACGGCGGGCGACGACCACCAGGCACUGAUCUGGGAUAUACAGCAGAUGCCCCGGCCUAUCGAAGAUCCGAUCCUCGCGUACACGGCGGCCGAGGGCGAGGUCAACCAGAUACAGUGGGGCGCAACACAACCGGACUGGAUCGCCAUCUGCUACAAGACGGCUUGCGAGAUUUUGCGCGUCUAA